AUGGAUUCUAGACUUUAUAACAAUGCUAGACUAAUAUUGGGACUCACUCUUAGUUUCCUAAAUCAAACCAGCAUUGGACUUAUGUGGAUGAUUCAGCAGCCACAUAAAGCAGCAACGUUUUUUGGAUGCAUUGGGAUAGAUAAAUUUGGGGAGAUCCUGAAGAGAAAAGCUGCUGAAGCCCAUGUGGAUGCUCAUUACUAUGAACAGAAUGAGCAACCAACAGGAACUUGUGCUGCGUGCAUCACUGAUGACAACAGGUCCCUUGUAGCUAAUCUUGCUGCUGCCAAUUGUUAUAAGAAGGAAAAACAUCUUGAUUUGGAAAAAAACUGGAUGCUGGUAAAAAAAGCAAGAGUGUGUUAUAUAGCAGGCUUUUUUCUUACAGUUUCUCCAGAGUCUGUAUUAAAAGUGGCUCAUCAUGCUUCUGAAAACAACAGGAUUUUUACUUUGAAUCUGUCUGCACCAUUUAUUAGCCAGUUCUACAAGGAAUCAUUGAUGAAAGUUAUGCCUUAUGUUGACAUACUUUUUGGAAACGAGACGGAAGCUGCCACUUUUGCUAGAGAGCAAGGCUUUGAGACUAAAGACAUUAAAGAGAUAGCCAAAAAGACACAAGCCCUGCCAAAGAUGAAUUCAAAGAGGCAGCGAAUCGUGAUCUUCACCCAAGGGAGAGAUGACACCAUAAUGGCUACAGAAAGUGAAGUCACUGCUUUUGCUGUCUUGGAUCAAGACCAGAAAGAAAUUGUUGACACCAAUGGAGCUGGAGAUGCAUUUGUUGGAGGUUUUCUGUCUCAACUGGUCUCUGACAAGCCUCUGACUGAAUGCAUCCGUGCUGGCCACUAUGCAGCAAGUGUCAUAAUUAGGCGAACUGGCUGCACGUUUCCUGAGAAGCCGGACUUCCACUGAUGGAAAAGCAGAAAAUCCAAGCCCAGAAGUACAGACACUGCCCUGAUUGCUUCCUGAGAACUCCUGUAUUAAUAAAGAAGAAAAUUAUCUGCCAUUUUUUCCUACUAUAAUAAUGUUCAAUAUUAAUUUAGAGGGUACGGUAAUGCUUGUAGAAUCUUUAUUAUCUCAACAAGCUAAAAAAUGAUGUUUAUUUCCAUAGUUUGAUAGUGCCACUUAAAUGUCAAUUAAACAGGAAUAUAACAUUUCAAUAGAAAAUUUUAUUUCAUUUUCAAUUACUUUGUAAAUUCAUGUGUAUUUAGUAAAUUGAUCGGUUUUUUUACAUUUCUGCUUUGAAUGCAGAUGCAAUUUAAUAUAAUAGAUUUUUUAAAUGUGUUAAUCUUAACAUAUGAAAAAUCUUUAGCUUUUUAUAAAAAUAUAUUUAAUUUAGGAGUAUGUGUAUGUAUACACACACAUACAUACAUAAAUGUACCAUAUAUACAUGAUAAAUAGUCAAAAAGGUAAGGAAAUUUUAUCUUGUCAAAUUAUGCCAAAUAAUCUCUUCAUUGUGCACUCAAACAUGUAAUAAACUUUGGAUAAUUAAAUAAUGUGCCAAAGUUAAAGUUAUAUUAUAAUAUUCAAAUCAUAAUCUUAUACUUACAACUCUGUAUUUGAUACAAAUAAAAACUUGUCAUAUAGGAA